UCGGCGCAGCUACACUCUGUUAAUUACAAUAACGUGAUUGGACAAUCAUAUGUAUUUACAUGUGGUUAUGCUGAUUGGCUGAACGUUGUGGGACGGUAUACUACGGCUAUGAUGAAAAUGUGCUUUUACGAUUUAAAUUGUGAUGGUAACCGGUUUCUACUAGCUAUACGUGGGGGUUGUGGUAUAUGCCAAUAUAACACUGCUAAGAAUUGUAUCUAGGGAAUCCGCGUUGCAAUGUGCCAAAGAACCAUCGCUGCCCAUAGUAUAUUGUCCACGCGCCUCUGCCUUAUUGCUUAAUCACAGGGCUAGUCUCAGGCUUACUUAGCUAAUGUCAGCUUUCUUAUUCGUUGGCCAUUUGAGCUUGCUGUCUCAAACAUUGAGUAAAGCAGUUAUGCCAUGUAUGACAUGGACAGUGUGGACAUGGAUCCUGAAGUUGCACGUGGGCUGUUUGAGGAGGGGGCAACCCUGGUGCUGCUUGGGGUUCCCGCGGGUACAGAGCUGGGUAUCGAUUACAAAAGCUGGCAGGUCGGGCCUCGCUUCCGGGGGGUGAAGAUGAUUCCACCAGGCCUCCACUUCCUCCACUACAGCUCCUCCAACGCGGCGAGCUGCGGCGGUGAAACAGGCCCCAGAACAGGUCUAUUUCUGACCCUGAAGCCCAGAGAAAUCCUGCUAGCCAACUGGGUUCCCAGUGAGGAGGAUCUGGACUUUUCCGCCUCUCAGAAUCAAGAGGAGGUGGCUCGGGUGCGGGCAGGCCUACAAGACCUGGACCCUUUCCUCGGACCCUACCCGUACGAGGUGUUGCGCAAGUGGGUCUCCCUCACCGACAAGGUAAGCCAGGAGUUGGCCUCCCGGCUGCAGCCUCUCUCCGGGCGCGUGUGCGCCUUCAGCGACGUGAUCCCAGAGGUCCAGCUCACGCACACCAAGGACCGCGUGGAGCAGAACCUGCCCAGGAACGACACUGAGUGCCAGAGCAUGAAGGAGGGCCUUGACAAGCUGCCCAAGAUGAAGCCAAGAGAGGGGACUGCGCUGCGCUUUUCCCCCAUCCCUAAAAAGACCUACCCUCCCGGGGCCACCCCGGCCCAAAUAACCCAGUGCAGCAUGGACCUAAGCUAUGCCCUGGACAGCCUUCUGGAGAGCAACCAUCAGCAACAGCCUCUCAACGUGCUGGGAGAGUUGCAGUUUGCGUUUGUGUGCUUCCUCAUUGGGAACGUGUACGAAGGCUUUGAGCACUGGAAGCGCCUGCUGGCCCUGCUCUGCCGCAGUGAGGUGGCCAUGUGCCAGCGGAGGGACCUGUACCUGGGCCUCAUCGCCGUGCUCUACCACCAGCUAGGGGAGGUCCCGCCCGACUUCUUCGUGGACAUCGUCUCCCAGGACAACUUCCUCACCUCCACACUGCAGGACUUCUUCCGGUUUGCGAGUGGGCCGGAGGUGGACCGUACCCUGCAGAAGAGGGCAGAGAAAUUUAAGGCCCACCUGACCAAGAAGUUCUCCUGGGACUUUGAGGCGGACCCUGGCGAUUGUGAACCCGUGGUAGUUGAGCUCCCUGACGGAGUCACUGUGGACUGAGGAGAAAACGGACUAAAAUGCGACAAAGUAAGGUCUUCUGUUGUUUAAGGAGGUACCUGGCUGGAACAUGAAGAGAGGUCGGACACCUGUCAUUUUUAUCUCAUGUCCUUCUCUUGUGCUUCCUUGAAUAUGAGUUUUUCCACCAAAUGCUUUAUGGCUUUGUCGUUCAGACCAGGGCAAUUCAACUCAAUCAUACCACAGUUAGCCAUUCAAUUGUAAGUUUGAGUUUGAGUGGUUUUGAUGGCAUGGGGCACCAAUUGGCACAUGUCAGUUCACAAUUUUCGGGGACCCUUUUUUGCUCAACAGCAGCACUUCUGCAACCAGUGGCCAAAAAUGGCUGAAGGCCUCUGUUUUAAGGAUGGUUUCGUGUGUGGGUUUUUUUUUUUAACCCUAAAAAGACUCACCUAAUUAGGUGCACAGGCUUAAUGAUUAGUUGACCAGUUAAACCAGGUGUGCUAAGUUUUUGGUAAAACUAGAAUGAGAAACGUUUGGGGAGGCCAGAGGAGAGUUGUGGGAGAACUUGCUCUGUAGGUCAACGGGGAACUCACUGAUGCCCUCUAGUGGUUCUUUUGUGUUCAAAAGUAGGGUUAUAAAGACACUGCUGAUGUGUGGAACAACUAAACAAAAGAUUAUACCACUUACCCUAACCAAACCCUUACCAUUGAACCUAACAUUAACUUAUCUUUAAUAAUGUAAAAUGUAAUGUUUUUCACGUCAGGAGUGCCUGUAAUUCUUUUUUUCCUUUAGGCAGUGGACUACCAUCAAGAAACCCUAAAAACACAAGGUCUUACCAAUGUAUGUGGGAACUGAACCUUUUAUAUAAAACCUUGAGCUGAUUGUACUUUGUGUUAGUUUUUUGUUUUCACAAUAGCAGUCAUGUACAGCAACCAGUAAUGUGUGUGGUUUAUUGGUCUUUUUACCUGGUGUGGACUAUCCAGACAAAUGUUAAACCUUUACCCUCCCAACUUUUGUAACUCAUUCUUUCCAUUUAAUUAAACACAGCUUUCUAUGUUAUAGUC